AUGGUGUCCUCCCCCAUCAUCAUCUUCUCCCUUUUCAUUUCAUUUUUUCCAAAUUUAAAUGCAUAUAAAAGUGAUGUUUUAUUCAUCGGUCCUUCUCAUGUUACUCAACUCUCUUCAAAUCCUCGGAUUUUUUUAUACAAAAAGUUCCUCACCAAAGAUGAAAGCGAUCAUAUUAUUUCAUUAGCAAAAGGAAAGCUAAAAAGAUCCACUGUUCUAAAUGGAAAGUCCGGUGUAAUAAGUUCUACCAGAACUAGUUCCAGUGUUUUUCUUAGUAAAAAUCAGGAUGAGAUCAUAACAAAGAUUGAACACAGGAUUGCUGCUUGGACAUUCCUACCCAUUGAAAAUGGGGAGCCCAUGCAAGUACUAAGGUAUGAAAAUGGACAAAAAUAUGAUCCACACUAUGAUGCAUUUAGGAAUGAAGACAACAUAAAGUUAUGGGGCAAUAGAAUCGCCACAGUGCUCUUGUAUCUUUCCAAUGUUGGCAAAGGUGGUGAAACCAUAUUUCCACAUUCACAGGCAAAACAUUCUCAAAAGAAGGAUAAUGAGAGCUGGUCUGAAUGUGCAAUGGAUGGCUACUCAGUGAAGGCAGUGAAAGGUGAUGCAUUGCUAUUCUUCAAUCUACAUUUAAAUAAAAGCAUAGAUAUGAAGAGUUUUCAUGGGAGUUGCCCUGUGAUUCAUGGAAACAAGUGGACUGCUACCAAAUGGAUAAAUACUAUUUCUUUUGACAAUAUAUUGCAGAAGAAAAAUGCUUGA